CAGGAGCAGCCACUGGCAGACGAUCCCUGCGUCAGUUGAACCGUCCCGUCAUACCUCGCGUGGCCAACGGCUCUCACUGCCGAAGCAGCUUCAUUGAAUCCCCGCACUCACUCAGAUCGUGCCUCCCAACCGUAUCAAUUCGACCCCGAAUCAGUGAAACCUAAUCCACCGAUCGACUCCGGCCCCCUUUCUAUAUUUCACCGCGGCGGUGGAGCGUGUUUCCUGGGCUCGCUGGGGGAAGUACGGUGCUGUUCCCGGGUGGUGAUGGAGCUGGAGUCGGUCAGUAACAGAGCGGAACUGGGAGCUGUGGGCGACUCGCUGCAGCCGCAGACCCCGAGCAGACACGAGAAGAGCCUGGGACUUCUCACCACCAAGUUUGUUACUUUGCUACAGGAAGCGAAAGACGGAGUUUUGGACCUGAAAGCGGCUGCAGACACGUUGGCUGUGCGGCAGAAGCGGCGGAUCUACGACAUCACCAACGUGUUGGAGGGAAUCGGAUUAAUAGAGAAGAAGUCCAAAAACAGUAUCCAGUGGAAGGGUGUAGGUCCGGGGUGCAACACCAGGGAGAUUGGUGAUAAGCUAACUGAUCUGAAGGCAGAGCUUCAAGACCUUGCUAUCAGAGAGCAUGAGUUGGACCAGCAGAGAGUGUGGGUCCAACAAAGCAUCAAGAACGUCACAGAUGACUCCAACAACUGCCCGAUGGCUUAUAUAAAGCACGAUGACCUCUGUGGUGCUUUUAAAGGUGACACUCUGUUAGCGAUCCGAGCUCCGAUUGGCACACAACUAGAAGUUCCUAUCCCAGAAUCUAUACUUAACGGACAAAGGAAAUACCAGAUCCGCCUGAAGAGCUCAACGGGGCCUAUUGAGGUAUUGUUGGUCAACAAGGACCCGACCAGUGCCUCUCCUGUUGUUCUGCCGGUCCCUCCUCCAGAUGACAUCCUUCAGAACCUCCCGACGCCAACACCGACGCCUCAGCUGGGGCCAUCACAGACCCCGAAAGCAGCCCCAGCGGCAAUUACUAAACCAGUUCCCACGUCCUCCGCCAAAGCAGCUAGUGAGGCACCGUUAGUUACAGAAGUGACGUCUUCACCUACUGGCUCUGCAGUUACUCAGCAACUUCAGUCCUCUGCCUCUCUGGAUGGAUCCCUGUCGUCUUCUGCGUCCGCAGUGUUUUCACCAAUCAAAUCGGAUCCUUCCGAGUUGUUGGACUUUCCCAAGGAGCUGUCUGAAAUGUUUGAUCCAACAAAAGAAAUCAUGGGUGGGGAUUUGUUGGAUGACCUGAUGUCAUCUGAAGUGUUCUCGCCUCUGCUCCGUCUCUCACCUCCACCGAGCGACCACGACUACAUUUACAACCUAGACGAGACUGAAGGCCUGUGCGACCUGUUCGAUGUCCCGAUUCUCAACCUCUGACCCCAAAGAGCAGCAUGAGACUUGUGUACAAUUCUCUUCCUUUUUCCCAUCGAGAAUGGUAAACGUGCAGGAACCUGGGAUCAGUCAAAGAGCCCACCUCAGUUUUGCCUGAUCUUUACACUCAUGGGGGAAGCGCAGACCAGAACUUAACACUGUAUCUACUGCUCUUUCCAGCCAUUAACAUAAAUGACAGAGAACUAUAUUUUUGGAUUAUGGUGUAAGCUAUAUAACGACUUUCCUGUUUGACUGACUGAAUGUGUGCCGGCGAUUUUACAACUGUCUUAUUGUCUGUGUGUGUGUGAGAUUGUGUUUUCUACUGGACACUCUUUGUAGUCUUCAGGAAAGGAGAUGAAUCCCUUCUAUCAGGUCAAGAGUUCUGAUGGCUCCUCUUGUGACUUGAAUCAGUCCAAACUCAGCUGGUCGAUUAUGCACUGUCCUUGUGUACAUAGAGAAUAUAUAUUUGUAUUAUCAGCGCAGCAGACAUCGGCCUGGCUCUCUUUAUUAUGUACUCUUUUUUGAAGUCCCCACCAAGGUUUCCUGAAAAGAUCACAGAGAUCCUCUUAAAACAAAGGUACUAGGGUUUUAAAAAAAUGUAUAAUAGUUAAAUGUUCCGAGUUUUAUCUGAUGGUGCACUAAUUGGAUUGUUGUUCUUAAACCAAGCUGUAAAAUCUAGAGCAAUGGACCAAAAGUGGGCAAAAUAUAGUUGUUGCUUUUUUUUGUUUUCUCUGCGAUUUGCUACCUUUAAUGGGUUUCAGUCACCCUUCAACAGAAAGCAAUUUUAGCACUUUCACAUUUCGAGGCAAGAUUCCAAAAAGUGGUGGUGCUUUUAUUUUAAUUUUGCCUGUCAGCUUUUAAAUUUUUUUUUUUUUCCCUUUAUCAACUUUUUUUUUUUUUUUUGCAGCUGUCUUCGCCUGCCCUUUGUUUUUGUAUUUCCAGCUUGUAACGUUUGUAUAUGAACAACAUUGUACUCCGUUCGGUUGUAAAAUAAUGUGAUGUCUUUUGAUGAUGCACAAAAUAUAAAUCAG